UUCAAGCUACUCAACCGUUGAGAGCAAGUCUUGAAGAUAUUCGUUCAAUCGAAACGAAGGGCAAGUGGUGGCUUGUUGGAUCAGGUUGGAAUGCCGAUAUGAUCGUCGAUCAAUCCUCGACUACCCUUAAACAGGCAGAAAAGAGAGAAAGUGUAUCGGAUGCUUUAUUAAAUCUUGCAAAGCAACAAAAAAUGAACACUGAUGUUCGAAGGAGUAUUUUUGUAAUUUUAAUGAGUGGCGAGGAUUAUGUUGAUGCUUUUGAGAGACUUCUAAAACUAGGCCUUAAAGAAGUCCAAGCACGAGAAAUUCCACGUGUCUUAAUUCACUGUUGUGGCAAC